AUAGGUUUAGCAUAAUGAAUGACGCGUGUAUGGAUAUGCUGGAUCAAUUCUGCAAUUUAGCGGAAUCAAGCUCAGACGAAUUGGAACAUGCGCGAGUUGUGGCGUCAGUCUGGGCAGAUAGCACCGGAAUCCCGGAAAAAAAGUUUUCGUCCCUAAAUAUUAAUGAAAAUGCAGGGGGAAUGAACUAUAGAGAAGUAAUGCAGAAAAGAUGCCAGCAAAUGACAAGCUUAUAUCACGAACAGUGUGGCAUGUAUUUUAAAAAACACAAGGAAGGAGAUCAUAUCAUUCCCGAACUUCCUAUUCUCAGAACAACAAGAACUUAUGAUGCACGUCAACUCGACGACUCAAUCGAUAAAUGGCUAUCCGAAGCAAAGCAAAGACCUUACAAAACAUUUCGCGAAUAUAAUCAGGCAAAACUGAUAAUUCUAACUGUCCAGGUGUUGGUUAAUAAUAUAUUAAAAGCCGGAAUAACAUUAAAGUACGACGACAUUAACGGGUCGUUUAUCUCGUUUGUCAGGAUAUCCGUAUUUGCUCACCAUGAAAAAAAAACAAUCCGUGAGACCUCGGAUACAAUCGAAUUUCAACGUAUAACCCAAAUUGGACUUAACUGGUUAAACGAAUUGGAUCCCAAUGAUCCUUUUCCAAUAUUAUUGGAUUGGAUAUCAAGCUAUCAUGAUCUGUAUACUGCUAAAUGCAAAAAAUGUGACAAGAUCUUAUCUCACGAGUCAUAUCAUUAUAAAUAUCUGCCGUCAGUUUUGAGGUGCUAG